AUGAGAAUUCCAUGCAAAUUCAAUGUUCAGGUAGCCGGGUUGGGAUAUCUUGAAGAGACAGGAAAUGCUGAUAUCAAAGAAAAUACAAAACUUGAACUACCCGUAUGGCUAGCAGGUAUUUUAUCCGGUAUUCCAAUAAUGUCCGAGGAAGGUGAGGAAGUAAGACUUCUUGAUUUGUUACCUCCUGAUGCAUUCAAUAAAAAAAUCAUUAAUUCAAUUAAAUCCAAUAGUGUCAAUCUUUCAUUGCGCAGUGUGUUACCCAACUUUUACAGCCUUGCAGAACGUUGGUGUUUUUGGUUUGAGGAUGCGGCGUUUGUGGAAAUUAUCCAGCAAAUGUUAAAGGACAGAAGUGUGGUGAUGAAUGAUUAUUCUUUCAACUUAAAUAGUACUAAUAGCAGUAACAAUGAUGAAAUUUCAAGAUUUGUUCAUAGUUUAGACAACUUGGAAAAAGAAAUUUUCAUGGUUUGUGUUGCGUCUCACAAGGAUGCAAAACAGUGGCUUAACAGUUAG